AUGGCUUCCACGGAUCCUUUCCCAGUCGUGGUACAUCGCAUUGCCUCAGGGACGCCCAAUAUCGUCGCGUACGAGAGAGCAGUCUGGACGCAGAGGAAUGCACUCGUCUUCAUUGGAGGCUUUACAGAAGGCCCCCAUACCAAUCUUGUGGUCGAUGCGAUCGUACGCAAGUUGAAUGGUUCAGCAUUCAGUGUUUGGGACCUGCGCAUGCGAAGCUCGUACACUGGAUUUGGGUAUUCCAGUCUGUCCAACGAUGUGCAGGAUAUAUCUGCUCUGGUCUCAUACCUUCGUACGCUUGGCAAGCAGAAGAUCGUCCUUUGUGGAGCGUCUACAGGAUGCCAGGACUGCCUCGAGUAUGCGGACCGCGAGAAGCAUAAGAGCGCUCCAGUAGACGGCUACAUCCUUUUGAGUCCCGUCUCAGACAGACAAACAGCGGGCCUUUUGAUGCCUCCAGACGACUUAGAGAGGGCCAACCAGCACGCCCAGGAAAUGAUCGCCGAGGGCAAACCAAACGAUGUUAUGCCGACUUCCUUUAUUCCUUUCAUCUUCACAUCCCCAAUCACGGCAUAUAGAUGGAACUCGCUCGCAGCCAAGGGAGGCGAUGACGAUUCCUUCUCCGCGGAUCUCGAUGAUGCCACCGUCAGUGCCAAAUUUGGUCGAAUUGAUAGUCCUAUACUCAUGCUUCCUGGCAAAGAAGACGAACUCGUUCCACCUUCUGUGGACAAGAAGGAGCUGCUGAGUCGAUGGAUCCAGGCCUGCCCGAAGGGAACUGUGAGCAAAUUGUCGGUUUUGGUUCCCGAGGCUGACCACGUCAUCUCCCAUCCUGAGGCGCAAGAAUGGGUUAGUAAUUCAGUUCUGCGUUUCCUCGAGGCCCUGCUAGAGCAGUUCAGUUUGGAGCAAGGAGAAAGGCAGUCAUCUUAA